UUUAUUUUUUCAUGUAUAUUAUAGAGAGAGAAACUUUUGGUUAAGAGAGAGAAAGAGGAAUUUGAAGACUUUUGAAGAAGAUGGCUACAACGAACAACUUGAAGGCUUAUUCUGAUAGGGCAUCAGAAGCAGAGGACCGGUUGGAAAGACUUGAAACCUUGAUGGUAAAGAAGGAAGAUGAGAAUUUGGAAUUAAAGAAGGUGGUUAAAGAGCUACAAUCAAAGCUUGAAGCUGUACAAGAAAAGGACCGGUUGGAAAGACUUGAAGCCUUGCUUGUAAAGAAGGAAGAUGAGAAUUUGGAAUUAAAGAAGUUGGUUAAAGAGCUAGAGUCAAAGCUUGAAGCUGUACAAGAAAAGGCUGGGAAAGAGGCUGAGAAACUUCAAGUUGAGAAUGCAAAACUCAAAUAUCGAAUUGUCCAUCUUAUACGCGCAUUAGAAGAAGCUGACGUUAAGAGAAGCUGAGCUAUUCUUGAAAAAUAGAUAGAAACCCUUGUUUCCAAGGUUAUAACAACAUUUAUUUUGUAGGAUUCUGAUUUCCAAUGAGCCACUUUUGGAUUUGAUUAAGCUUUGUUGUUAUUUUCCUUUUUAUUGACAGCAUUUCUGUAUUAAACCAUUCAAUGUUUCAAUUUAGAUUCAGGCCCUUUAAUUACAGUCAA